GAGCGGGGCUUGCCUUCUCGCCGCCUGCUCUCCGAGCCGCGCGAGCGCUCGACGGAGGGCUUUUCAGUUUCAGCGGCGGCCGUUCGGCGGAACGGGGAAAGCGGCGGCGCGGUUAUACAACAGCCGGUGAAAAGGAAAUGCGGACCUUGUCGGGUGACCCUGCCGCCGCGAUGCGCGUCCCGGAAGGGGGGCCCCACGGAUGCUGCCGACGAGUGCGUGGGGGGGUGUGCCGUUGUCGUCGCUAGAACCCGCGGCCCGGGCAUUGGGGGUGUUUGUGGCGAUGCCUCUGCACACGGUCCGGGUGACACCUGUUGACAAACAUGCGUCCGCGGAUAAACUCAAGGACAAAAAGGUGUCCAGCAUGGAGCAGCAGCAGCAGCAGGUGCCCCAGCAGGUGCCCCAGCAGCAGCAGCGGCGGCGGUCUUCUUCGAACGGCCUCAACGGCGACAUGUGCCGCAUUUGCCACUGCGAAGCGGACGCCGAGAAUCCGCUCAUCUCGCCCUGCUACUGCGCCGGCAGCCUCCGGUUCGUGCACCAGGCCUGCCUCCAGCAGUGGAUCAAGUCGUCCGACACGCGCUGCUGCGAGCUCUGCAAGUUCAACUUCAUCAUGCACACCAAGAUCAAGCCCUUCAGAAAGUGGGACAAGCUGGAGAUGUCUUCGGUGGAGCAACGUAAGGUACUCUGUUCCAUUACGUUCCACGUCGUGGCGAUCACAUGCGUGGUCUGGUCGCUGUACGUCCUCAUCGACCGGACGGCGGAAGAGAUGCGAGAGGGCAACCUGGACUGGCCCUUCUGGACCAAGCUCAUCGUGGUGGCCAUCGGCUUCACGGGGGGCCUGGUCUUCAUGUAUGUCCAGUGCAAGAUGUACGUCCAGCUGUUCCGUCGCUGGCGGGCCUUCAACAGGGUCAUCUACGUGCAAGACGCGCCCGUGCCGGACAAGGGCGCGGCGCUGCCCACGGCCGCCCAGCUGGCGGCGCCAGUCACAGUCCAGGAGACCACGUCGUCCAAGCGGCCCCACGACGGCCCCACCGAGGUCACCGUCGCCAAGGACUCGGGUCCGCAGGACGCGGACGACUCCAGGGGCACCAGCUGAGUUGGUCUCCGGGACGCCACGGUGCUCCCCGUGUACAUAACCCCGUGUAUAUAGGUGGACGCGCAAGGACAUCCCGUUAUUUUACUAUAGGAUGGUAUUCAAACGCCGGGGCCCGUGUCUCCGGCACGCCGGCUCCGAGUCUAGUGUUCCUGUGCCACACGACGUUUCCUCUCCCCCGAACAAUGCGGGCAUGUUCGCCAGCAGUCUCCGGGAGACGUCGGCUCAUUGCGGCACGACGCCAACAUCGAGAACCUCGAGUAGUUUCGGAUCUGCUAGAAUUGCCAGCCGUUCGGAUCUUAUGGUUGCUAGUCUUACAAGUGAAGAAAAGCUAAGGCGAGCGCGAGGGGCGCUUUGGACGUGCCAUGUUGGUUUCGGGGACCGUCCCCCGGGGGGAAGGACUUGCUCACGCGAAACCGGGGACUGCCUCUGCGCGCGACAAGGGCAGCUGUCCUCCCCGCUAGAUUGGUUCACAAAAGGGAAGAAGUGCCUUUUGGGUUCGAGUGCUGUUCUGUUUCGUGUUGACACGCAAAAAAGAGACAGACCGAUAACAGAGAAUCUAGUUUUCAAUCAUCUCCGAUCGAAAGCACGACAUUAAAAAUAAACUGAUACAGGAAAA